AUGAGCUACAACACGUACACCCCCCGGACGCGACUGGGCCACCCGACUGCAUCGCCCUCGCCGCUGCGCCAGACGUCAACCGCCUCCAAUGGCUCCUCCACACACUCGAACAACGCCCCGAGCCGGUCGAGCACCCAGUCCAGCAGUGCCUCGAACGGCUUUGGCCCUGCACUGGGCCAUCGUCGCGGCAUGAGCGAGGCCACGGCUCUGUCGCAGCCACGCACAGAGAGCCGCGGCGGCUUAGAAGAGUCCAACCCGGGCAGCACCUACGCCAGCAUGCGCAAAGCACUGCGUCCGCUCUCGCAAGCCCCGCAGAGCUCGCCGCCUCCCUCUCCCGAGAAGCGCCCCUCGACCCCGUCCGGCAGCCCCACACCAUCGCUCUCCCACAACCGGUCACAGAGCGUCGAGAACAUACGCUACCAGCCCUUUGACGGCCCGAGUUCGCCCACCUCGCCCACCGCGCCCACCGCGAAGCCGCGCCCUCUGUCCAUCGCCGUCUCGCGCGCAGACUCGAUACGCGCGCCCGCCCGCGAUCACUCCUCCCGCCCUCUCUCCACACACCUCGAGAAGCCUGUGCUGCAGAGCCUGCACAAGUCAGCCACCGGCCAUCUGCGCACUCUCUCCAAAUUCGCCGACUCCGCCAGUGAGGAGGACUUCAGCAUCAAGUCGCCCGAACAGGAAGUGAUAGGCCUCCAUGGCAGACGAAGGCUACAACGCACCGACAAGCAGCAAGGGAAGAAGCCACAGUCCUCCUGGGCACGAAGCAACUGGAUGGACCAGCAGCGCCAGUUCUUGCAGGCAUACGAGUACCUCUGUCAUAUUGGAGAGGCCAAGGAGUGGAUGGAGGACAUCAUCGACUCGGAGCUGCCGCCUGCUGUCGAACUGGAAGAAGCGCUACGCAACGGCGUGACACUGGCAGAGAUUGUGCAAUCGAUCAAAGGCCAUCCCUUGCGGAUAUUCCGCGAUCCGAAGCUGCAGUACCGGCAUUCUAACAACUAUGCCCAUUUCUUCAACUUCCUCGCCGAGGUCGAGCUGCCAGACCUCUUCCAGUUCGAACUCAUCGAUCUCUACGAGAAGAAAAACGUCCCCAAGGUCAUCUACUGCAUCCACGCCCUGUCAUGGCUCUUGUUCCGGAAAGGCAUCGUCGACUUUCGCAUUGGCAACUUGGUCGGCAAACUCCAAUUCGAGGACCACGAGUUGGAAGCAACGCAAAAGGGUCUGGACAAGUCUGGCGUGAGCAUGCCCAAUUUCUCCGGCAUGUCAGCAAACUUCAACGUCGAGCCAGAGCCUGAACCGGAGCCCGUGGAGUCAGAGGAAGAUCGAAUCGACCGUGAGCUGAGCGAAAGCGAGCCCAUGAUCCUAGACCUGCAGGCACAAAUAAGAGGCGCACUAUUGCGCAUGCAGUUGGGCAACGUGAUGCAGGAGCUCUGGGAUCACGAGCAUCUCAUCGCAGAUUUGCAAUCGCGUAUUCGUGGUGACUGGGCGCGGCAGAUUGCCUAUUACCGUCUAGACAUGCGCCGCUUCGCAGUCAACCUCCAGAGUGCAGCAAGAGGAUUCCUUGUCCGGUCACGCAAACGAGGCGAAGAGAACUACUGGCAAGACAACAAGGCGCAGGUGCUCAAGGUGCAGAACUUGUUCCGCGGACGCAAAGCCAGAGCACAGGUCCAGUACACCAAAUCGAAAGUACAGCAACACGAGCACGGAAUCCGGCAGUUCCAGGCAGCCAUACGAGGAGCACUGGAGCGACUUCGAGUCGGCGACCGGUACGCAGAGACCAGGGAUACUGAACCAGCCACUGUACAUAUCCAGGCAAUGAUCCGCGGUGCACUCCUCCGACAACAGGUCGACCGCGAAUGGGCCGACCUACAAGCAAACGAAGCGCACUUCACAGAUCUUCAGGCUGUCUCUCGAGCGGCACUCUUAAGACAGGAGCUGAGAACGAACCAGGAAAGCCUUCGCCAACACGAGUCAAUAGUCACAUUCUUGCAGGCCGCUGCUCGAGGUAUUCUGGCUAGGAAACAAAAUGCUGAGAUGCAAGACCAACUGGUAAGCACGUCAGUCGAUUGGUCCGCUGUUCAGUCCAAGAUUCGCGGUGAUGUCGCUCGAAUUGCUUUUGGGCAAUUGAUGAGUGCGCUUUAUGCGGAAGAGCCGCAAAUCACAGACCUACAAUCCAAGAUCCGUGGCAAUGACUUCAGGGUUGCCUUUGGACAGAUGAUGAGUGCGCUCUACGCUGAAGAACCGCAAGUCAUUGAUAUUCAAUCCAAGAUUCGGGGCGAUGCGUCCCGAAUUGAUUUUGGACUAUUGAUGAGUGCGCUCUACGCUGAAGAGCCGCAAGUCACUGACCUACAGGCAAUCGCAAGAGGUGGCCGAAUUCGUUCAAAGACUGCACACACACUGGCGCAGUUGACCGAGCAGGAAGCUUCUAUCCUCUCUUUGCAGGCUUAUAUUCGUGGUUUCCUUUCACGGCAAAGACACUUCUCUGACCUCAAGGCGCUCCAGGCACAGACACCGGCUUUUGUUGACCUCCAGUCGGCAAGCCGAGGUUUCGUUCAGAGGCAGAGGACUUACGAUACUCUCUGCCAGCUCAACGCUCAGGAGCCAGAGAUUACUCAGCUACAAGGCGAUGCACGUGGCGUGUUACUCCGCAUGGAGAUUGGCAUGCAGCUGGGUCAACUCGAGGAGCACGAGGAGGCCAUCGUCGAACUCCAGACGCUGGCGCGUGGCAUGGUCAUUCGUCAGAAGUACGCCGAGAAGAAGCAGUUCUACAAGGAGAACAUGGAGAAGGUGAUCAAGAUCCAGAGCUUCGUUCGUGGUCGACAACAAGGUGAAGCGUACAAGAGCUUGACAAGUGGGAAGAAUCCACCCGUGUCCACUGUCAAGAACUUUGUGCACCUGCUCAACGACAGCGAUAUCGACUUUGAUGAGGAGAUUGAGUUUGAACGCCUGCGAAAGACUGUGGUCCAACAUGUCCGACAGAACGAACUCGCUGAGCAGUACGUCGACCAACUCGACAUCAAAAUUGCGCUGCUUGUCAAGAACAAAAUCACACUGGACGAGGUCGUCAAGCACCAAAAGCACUUUGGGGGUCACGUCGGCACUCUUCUCAGCAGCAAGGACAUUUCUUCCAAGGAUCCAUUCGAUUUGAAGGCGCUCAACAAGACUUCGCGCAGAAAGCUCGAGCAAUAUCAGGAGCUCUUCUUUACUCUGCAGACGCAGCCUCAAUACUUGGCACGUCUUUUCAGGCGUGUACGAGAACAGCGCUUAGAAGACAAGGAUACCAAGCGCAUCGAGCAAUUGACGAUGAGCUUGUUUGGUCUGGCUCAGAAACGAAGAGAAGAAUACUGGUUGCUGAAGCUCAUGGCAAGGUCCUUGAGGGAGGAGAUUGACGGUUGUGCGACUUUACAAGAGUUCGUCCGUGGCAACUUCUUCUGGACUAAGCUGUUCGGCAGCUUUGUUCGCUCACCACGAGACCGCAAGUUCUUGAAAGAGCUCCUCGGUACAGUCAUUCGGGAGAAUAUCAUCGACAACGAGGAACUGGACUUGGAGAGCGAUCCCAUGCAGAUCUACAAGUCUGCAAUCAACAAUGAGGAACUCCGAACCGGCCAGCGAAGUCGCCGCGACCCGAACGUUACAAGAGACAUGGCGCUCAAAGAUCAAGAAACAAGAGCCACGUUCAUCCACAAUCUCCAGGAUCUCCGAGAUGUUGCAGACCAAUACUUCUCCAUGUUCGAGGAGGUAAUUCACCGGAUGCCGUACGGGGUUCGCUACCUCACGCAGCAGAUGUUUGAGGAGCUACGCCAGAAGUUCCCCUACGAGCCACAAGAGCAGCUGCUGCAAGUUGCGGGCCACUGGGUGUGGAGGUCCUACAUCCAGCCUGCUCUAGCGCAGCCCCAACAUUGGGGUGUAGUCGACCGCGGCCUGUCCCCCAUCAUGGGCCGCAACCUUAAUGCUGUCGGUAAGGUUCUUGGUCAGGUAGCAGCUGGAAAGCUGUUUGGUGGCGAAGAUCUCUACCUGCAGCCACUCAACAGCUACAUCACCGAAGCAAUCGACCGUCUGCAGGACAUCUGGUCCAACCUCAUUGACGUGCGCGACGCCGAGGCUCAGUUCGAGAUUGACGAGUUCAACGACCUUUUCGCUCGCACCAAGCCGACAUUGUACAUCAAGCUUGCAGACGUCUUCGCCAUUCACAACCUCGUCAUCGAUGACCUCCCAACACUGUGUCCCUCCCAGGAUGAUCCUCUCCGCGAGGUAGUUCGCGAACUUGGGAGCGCGAAGAACAACGAGAACGAGCUGCUGCACGUCAGCUCAACCGAAAUCACGUUGACCCUCAAUCCCAAGUUCCACGAGCAAGAAGACCCCGACGCACAUCUCAAGUCACUAUUCAUGGAAACCAAGCGCUACGCACUGUACAUCAUUCGCGUCCAAACAGGUGCCAACCUGACAGAAAUCUUGUGCAAGCCCGUCACACCACAGGACGAAGACCGAUGGGACGCACUCGUUCGCGAGGAGGUCGCUGCUCAGAGGAAGGACCGCAACCGCAAGCACAGCGCUGUUCGAUCUUCGGCGGCUUCCACCUACACCACCGACAUGGGAUCCAACUCUGUGUUGGAACUCGACUACCCUACACUGAAGCAGUACUGCCUGGAAAACAUGGUCCAGCUGCAACGCGCCGGCCGCAUCUCGCCUCACAACAACUACCAGGACCUGCUCAACGCCAUUGCCGUCGACAUCCGCACCAAGCACAGGCGACGCAUGGAGCGCGCGCGUGAGAUGGAGGGCGUACGUACCACCCUCGCCGCCCUGGACGAGAAGGCACAUUUCCUGGAGCAACAACUCAAGUCGUACAACGACUACAUUGAACAGGCCAUGGUUACCCUGCAGUCGAAGAAGGGCAAGAAGAAGUUCCUCCUGCCCUUCACGCGGCAAUACAACCACAUGCGCGAGCUCAAGUCGACGGGGCGGGCCUACCGGUUCGGGUCGUUCAAGUACUCUGCGCGUAACCUAGCCGAAAAGGGGAUCCUCGUAUCGUGGAGCGGGUACCCCGAGCGACAGUGGGACCGGCUGGAGAUGACCUUCAGCUCCAACCAGACGGGCAUCUUCGAGAUCCAGGGCAGCCAGGGCUCGAUGAUGAUCCCCGGCGCGUUUGCAGAGGUUCCGCUGGACGGCUUGCUGCAGGCCCAGUUCGACAACCACCAGUUUAUGAACUUGUUCGGCGAUGGACGCGAUGGCUCGGGUCAGGGCGCUGUUCGUGUUAAUGUUAAUUUGUUCUUGCAUUUGAUUUUCAAGAAGUUCUACCGCGACGAGUAG